AUGGACUCCUUGGUUGGCCAAGCUAGAUUCUGGAACCACCAGAAAGCAGAAAGGGGCUUAGAACAAGGAGGAGUGGACCCACGGCUGCAGCGAUCACUCAACCGAGUGGCCCCUUCUGGAGUCACAGCCAUGCAUGUGCCGGCGGGCUCUGUGGCCAGCCACUGGGGGACCACGAGCCGCAGCUACUUCUGUUUCACCACAGCCACGCUGGCUCUCUGCCUGGUCUUCACGGUGGCAACCAUUAUGGUGUUGGUUGUUCAGAGGACGGACUCCAUUCCCAACCCACCUGACAACAUCCCCCUUAAAGGAGGAAAUUGCUCAGAGGAUCUCUUAUGUAUCCUGAAAAGGGCUCCAUUCAAGAAGUCAUGGGCCUAUCUCCAAGUAUCAAAGCAUCUAAACCAAACCAAGUUGUCUUGGAACAAAGAUGGCAUUGUCCAGGGAGUCACAUAUCAGGAUGGGAAUCUGGUGAUACAGUUCCCAGGCUGGUACUUCAUCAUUUGCCAACUACAGUUUCUUGUGCAAUGUCCAAAUCAUUCUGUAGACCUGAAGAUGGAACUUCUCAUCAACAAAGAGGUCAAAAAACAGGCUCUGGUGACAGUGUGUGAAUCUGGAAUGCCAACCAAGAGCAUCUACCAGAAUCUCUCUCAAUUCUUGCUGGAUUAUCUGAAGGUCAACACCACCAUAUCAGUCAACGUGGAGAAAUUUCAGUUUGUGGAUACAAACACCUUUCCUCUUGAGAAUGUGUUGUCCAUCUUCUUAUACAGUAGUUAAGACUGAACAAUUCUCUUGGCCUU